AUGUGUGCGAUUUUCAUUGCGGUUAUCAUUUUUGGCUCCAUGUCUCCACCUGGUUGCAGCGGCUGUGUGGCGAGACAAAACUUAACCGAUACUCAAAUGAUGCAACGGAUUCGCCAAAGGGGCUACCUUUUCAUGAAAAACAAGCUCAUUGGUUCCAAUGGCUCCCAAAACAACAUCCCUAACGGAGCGCAUGCAGGUACCACACUAUGUCCGUGGAAAUGGGCUUUAGAUGACAAUCCCGACCGACUUCCCAGAUUCCUAUCAAAAGCUGUAUGUCCUUCAUGCAAUCAUUACUGCAAAGCCAUACACUAUACGCACACCUCUCUCAUUCAGCGGUGCGAUCGAACAACCGGUCUGAUGUAUUGGUCGUGGAUGCCAAAGACAAUGGCAAUAGCUUAUGUGUAUGUACCUAAUAGAAAAUAA